GGAGACCCGAGGAUUUGGGAAAGGGGAGGAAAGGAGAGAAAACCGGGGGGUGGAGGUGGGCAACCCUCCUCCUCGUCCCCUUCCCCCUCCUCCGUCUCACUCCGGGUCCAAACGCGAGGAUUUGGUCACCCGCGCGCGCACACGCGCCUCCACCUCGGCCAGCCGCGAUGUCUUUCCCCCAGUUUGGCUAUUCCUACAGCGCUUCUUCGCAGAUUUUCGUCUCGGCCACGUCCAGCGCCACUUGUUGUACCUCGGGCUCUCGAACUGCCUCCGACGUUUCCUCGGGGUCUUCCCAGACGGCGACCCUCGGCUGCUCCUCUUACGAGAAUCGGCUGCUGGCCGGAUCCAGAACGGAGCUCAACGCGGCGCUGGGGAUCUACGGCUCGCCUUACGCAGCCGCUGGGGCCAACCCGGGUUACGCCAACUACCUGCCUUACAACGCCGACCCCUCCAGUUUCUACACCGCGCUGAAUUCUCAGUAUGACUUGAAGGACAGCUCACCGGCUUUACACGCAGGCAUUGCUCAACCCACAGCAGCAGCCUAUUAUUCUUACGACCAUUCUUUUGGGCAGUAUGACAGGUAUGGAACAGUGGACUUCAGCAACUCAUCCAGACGCAAGAAUGCUACCCGAGAAACCACCAGUACCCUCAAGGCGUGGUUAUAUGAACACCGAAAAAAUCCUUACCCACCCAAGGGCGAGAAGAUCAUGCUGGCCAUCAUCACCAAAAUGACCCUCACCCAGGUCUCCACUUGGUUCGCUAAUGCCCGCCGGCGACUCAAGGAGAACAAGAUGACCUGGUCUCCUAAAAAAUAAAACAGGAGAUGACCCGAGGGAGGGAAGUAAAAGGAACGGGGAAGACUGUAGCAGUGAUAAUGAAGACAAAGGUAAGAAUGGAAAGUUGGUAUCAUU